CGGGGACAACGACAGCGACGACGACAAUGACGACAAUGACGACGAGAACGAGAAGGAUUGCACGCCGCGACGAAUCCUUUAUAUCUUCAUCUUCCUCGUGUUACGACGAUGAUAAUAAUGAUCAACGAUUUCUUCGAGACGCUUCGAAGAUGACGGGUUAUGUGUACGAGAUCAUUAGUGAAACUCCAUUCGUGAAGGUGGAUAAUACUACUACUACUACUACUACUACUACUACUAUUACUACUACUACUACUACUACUACUAUUACUGCUACUACUACUACUACUAAUGCUAAUGCUAAUGCCAAUGCUAAUGCUAAUGCUAUUACUUCGAUUGGCUUGGAUGAGAACAGUGACGUCAUCGAACACAUCGCACCUGUCAUUCCGAAGAGUUCACGAAAGGAGGAAUCUCCCCAACGACAUCACCGAAGCGUUCGACCCUACUCAUCGAGGAUCGAGCGACCAGUGGUAAAACGAGGUCUGCAUACGUGGCUCGGACAAGCAUGCACCAAGAUUUACGGACGGAGCAGUAGCGGGAAGAACGGAUUACGUUUGCUUUUAUUGGCCUGCCUGAUCGUAAUGAGCAACGCUGGAUUUUGUCCCAACGGUUGCACUUGCGACGACGAUACCCUCGUCGUGUCGUGCGUGGGUGCCAGCUUGGAGGUUAUACCGAUCGCUCUUAAUCCGAGCAUACAACGAUUGGUAUUGAAAGAGAAUCGAAUAAAGACGGUCGAGGCCGCUGUAUUUCAAUUUUACGGCGACCUCAAGAACGUCGACCUUUCGAGCAAUCAUCUGUUCAACAUUCCAGACGGUAGCUUCGAGGCGCAGAAACAAGUGGUGGAGUUGCAUUUGAAGCACAACAAGAUCUCGGCGCUGACGGAGAAGACGUUUCAAGGCUUAAAGUCUUUGACGGUGCUGAAUUUGCGCGACAAUUACUUGGAAAGCCUUAAGAACGGGCUCUUCGCGUCCCUACAAAAGUUGGAGGAACUCGAUCUCGGUCAGAAUCGAAUCUCCAAGGUGGAGCCCAACGCCUUUCAGAAGCUCGGCACCCUGAGAGUCCUGUAUCUAGACGACAAUCAACUGAGAACGAUACCGUCGCCCGCGCUGGCGCCAUUGAACGCCCUUGCCGAACUUCACAUAGGUUGGAACGCGUUUUCGACCUUGCCGGACGACGCUUUCAAAGGGCUCGAACAACUGACCAUUCUGGACGUUAUGGGCGCCGGUCUGGACAACAUCAGCGACGGCGCCUUCCGAGGUCUCAACGCUUUACGUACUUUGAAACUUGGCGGGAACAAGUUGCGCGAAGUACCGACAAAGCAACUCGCGGUGCUACCACGGCUCGAGGAACUCACCCUCGGUCAGAACUUCUUUACCAUUCUGAGAUCGGGGGCCUUUCAGGGUCUCUCGAAACUCAAGAAGCUCGACAUCUCCGGCUCGAAGCUCUUGACCACCGUGGAACGCGGUGCCUUUUCGGACAAUGCCAACUUGGAGAGUCUCGUGUUGAACAGCAACAAGCGUUUAGCCACGAUGGAGGACGGUUCCUUGGCGGGCUUGCCGAAUCUGCGACACCUCAUGUUACGGGAUAACGCGUUCACGAGCUUUUCCGAGUCCCUGGUCGCUUGGAACGAGCUACGUAGAUUGGAUCUGAGCGAGAACCCGAUCGUAUGCGACUGCAGUCUGAUGUGGUUGGCCGAGGUGCUCGUGCCGCGAAACUCCAGUCCCGUGAUAUGCGCCGAGCCGGCGGAAUCCAAAGGGAAAUCGAUCAAGGGUAUGACGCCGGACGAGCUGGGUUGCGCCUUCUCGGAUCCUCGUAAGCAGGCCCUCCUGGCGACUCUGUGCGCGGGUGGUCUCGCCCUCUUUACGGGCCUAGCACUGAUACUUUAUUACAGAUGUCGAAGACGCGUCAGGGACGCUUUGAAGGAUUACAAGUGGAAGAAUCGCGGUAUUUCGAGGAAGGAACACGAGUACCAAAAGACCUUCUCCGACGACGAGUACAUCGUCAGAUCGGCCCACGCUCAUCAUCAUCAUCAUCAUCACCAAACGCAGAAUCAACCUAUACCGCCUCACCAUCAUCAUCAUCAUCUGCAACAGCAACAACAACAGCAGCACCAGCUGCAACAGCAGCAACAGCAGCAGCAACAGCAGCAGCAACAGCACGGGCAGAUGACGGUGGGGAUGAAGCCGAUACCCGUGACGGAACUGUAGCUAGAACUUCGGGCGGCGAGCCCCGGCACCGGAGGUGUUUGGUUCUUGCCCCACGGUAGUACCACGCUCGCCGAGGGCUUCACCUACAUCGACGGUGAGACGGCGCGUCAAAUGCGUCGUCCGGGAACGCUGCCCGCGUCGAGCGGUCAUCAUCAUCGCUCUAGCGGCGGAGGAGGGGGAGGGG